CUCACACUUCCCACAACGCCACCACCCCAACUUUUUCCUCCCGCGACUUCCUCUCUCAUUUCCCCUUAAAAAUAUUUCUCUCUUUACCAAACAAUUCCACCUCUUCUUCCCUUCACAGAGUAGACUUUCUCACACACACCUGAACCAGAAUCCACAACAACUACGAAGACAUUCCAUUUCAUACAGAGAGAAAACUAGAACAAAGUCAAGAUUCUUGAGAGAGGUAGAGAGAUGUUGGAGUCGUGUUACAGGCCGUUGGAGAGAUGUUUCGGAGGUGGUGGAAAUGGUAGGGAUGAGCUUUUGUGGCACAUGGACUUGAAGCCACAUGCCUCUGGUGACUAUUCGAUUGCUGUUGUUCAGGCCAAUUCUUCACUCGAAGAUCAGGGUCAAGUCUUUACGUCUUCGUCCACCACCUAUGUUGGUGUUUAUGACGGCCAUGGGGGACCUGAAGCCUCUCGCUUCAUCACCAACCACCUCUUUCCUUACCUCCACAAGUUUGCUACAGAAGGAGGAGGAUUAUCUGUGGAAGUGAUAAGGAAGGCAUUUGAAGCAACCGAAGAGGAAUUCUUGCAUUUGGUGAACCGUUUGUGGCUGGAUCAGCCGCAAAUUGCUUCAGUUGGUUCAUGUUGUCUUGUUGGGGCAAUUUCAAAUGAUAUUUUAUAUGUGGCAAAUCUUGGGGACUCACGAGCAGUGCUUGGCCGGAGAUUAUCUGAUGGCCAUAAGAGUAACUCGUCACCUGUGGUGGCAGAGCGGUUAUCUACAGAUCAUAAUGUUGGGGAUGAGGAAGUGAGGAAAGAGGUUGAGGCUCUUCAUCCUGAUGAUUCACACAUUGUGGUAUAUACUCGUGGCAGUUGGCGAAUUAAGGGCAUUAUUCAGGUUUCCAGAUCCAUUGGAGAUGUUUACCUGAAGAAACCUGAGUUCAACAGGGAACCUCUUUUCCAGCAAUAUGCAUCCCCUAUUCCAUUAAAAAGAGCCGUAAUGUCAGCAGAGCCCUCAAUACUGUUUCGGAAGUUAAGGCCACAAGAUUUGUUCCUGAUAUUUGCAUCAGAUGGCCUCUGGGAGCAACUCUCUGAUGAAGUAGCUGUUGAAAUUGUGCUGAAAAAUCCCAGAGUUGGAAUAGCAAAGCGGUUGGUAAGAGCUGCCCUCCAGGAGGCUGCAAGGAAAAGAGAAAUGAGAUACGAUGACAUAAAAAUAAUUGAAAAGGGGCUAAGGCGCCAUUUUCACGAUGACAUUACUGUGAUUGUAAUAUAUCUGGAUCAUCAUCAAGGCUCUCCAAAUGGUAGAUUCAAGAAACAUGGUGAUAUUGGCUGUACUAGUACCCCGGUAGAUAUCUGCUCUUUAAAUUCGGUUGAAGGGGAUAACACGCCUCAAAUUUCUUUCUGAUCGAACAGACCUACUGGCAAAAGAAUUUGUGCUGGCUUGUAGAUAUGACUAUUAGUUUUAAAGAAGACUGGUGCCUGUUUAGCGGCAAGGGGUGUUGUACACAAUCCGAUAAAGGGAUGAUGCAAACGAAGCGGAUGACUUCCCGAUUGGGUUUUGACCACAUUUUAAUUCCCUUUUGUUCUAGGGGGUGACUCAUUUUGUUUUUCUUUUUGCAUACUUCUGUGUAACGAAAUAAUUUUGAUUGCCUUUAUUGUAAGGGAGUGUUUUCUGCUUUAUUUCUUCUGUGUAGCCAACCUGUUGUG